CAGUCUAAUAUGUGGAUGAGGAUAGACAAGCAGAACCAUUCAAAGAUAUAUUCAAGAAAACAAAUGUUAUCUCCAAUGGCAUUGAUUUCCAGCUCCUCAGGCUUCUUUGUUUUCCCUGCAAACUCUAAACCAUUCAAAGCUCCUCAUGAGUUUCAGAUAAGAUUUAGCAGAAGAACAGCAACUACUGCAACAGUUCUCCUGGUAAACGAAGCAUUCUCGUAUUCGAACAAAGCUUUGUCAUUUGAGCUCCAGUUUACAGUUCCGGACCAAACACCAGAGGAGGCGUAUGCUGGGAUACGGAGUCAUGCACAAGACCUGCUGCAGAUUAAGGUUCUGAUUGAUUUGCAGUCAUGGAAGGAAGCGCAGAAGGAGCUCCGCCGGAGUUCAGCCUACCUGAAACAAGAUCUUUAUACAGUAAUUCAAUCAAGACCAGGAAGUGAGAGGCCACUUCUAAGAAAACUUUAUUCCAAUCUCUUCAACAAUGUGUCCAGGCUAGAUUACGCGGCGAGAAGCAAGGAUGCAGCUGUAGUACAAGAAUGCUACGACAACAUCGUCACCGCUAUUGAUGAGAUUUUCGCAAGGAUAUAGCAGAUACAAUGUUUCACAUUCAUUUAAAGGCACACCACCAUUGCAAAGAUCCUGCCAUUUCAAUUCAUUGAGCAACUCAGAAUGAUUGAUAUUUGAUGGGUUCCCUCUCUCAUGAAGUUACAUAGACGUAGUUGUCGACUAAAUACCGGGUGUAUCUGAAGAUACUCGAGUACAGGGGAAGAGGGCUUUAUUAUCUGGCGCUUGGAUAAAUAGCUCAGUAUUGCUUCAAAUUCCAGCAUGGGAUUCUUUACAAGUUCCUCGUGGCGGGCAUUUGUACAUGAGGGUGCAAGCACCACCAUUUUUCCCAGCAUUUACAGAAGAAUUCACCUAAUUACACAACCGAUCACGACCCGCCGAUGGUAAGUAGCCAGCAUGCUGGCUCUUGCUUUAAGAGGAUGCACUGCGAGUUCUGAAAAAAUAUGCCUGCAUAUAUACGAAAACCCGCAAGUGAUAGACAUAUAUGGUGUUAGAACUCUUGCUAGAGUAAAAAUCUUGUCAUAAACAAUAGCUCUAGAGAUUUUAAAGUUAGCAUCAGAACACACAGAAAAAGAGUUAUAUAUAGACCAUGCUUUCAUGCCUUGAUUUUUCUUUGAGCAUUAGAUAUCUAUUUUCUAAUCGAUAUACUUCUUGGAGCAGACCA